AGAGCAUUAGAGGACAGUGUCAGAGAGCACGAGCCGUGUCGAGCCGUUUCUCCUCCUCUCAGCGGUUACCGCAGCACUUCACUGUGUCACGGGUCAUAUGAGCAGCACUGAUGAGCCGCCACAGGUCCUGCACAAAGAGUCACUCCACCUGUUUUGGACGUAACAGGCGAUUUUGCAGAGGGACUCUACAGAAGCCUGGAUGGACAAAAGAUGAGGAUGAGAAGCUGCAUGGACUGGUGAAGGAGUUUGGGUGCAGCAGCUGGUCUUCAGUUUCUCUGCAUUUUAAAGGUCAGAGGUCAGAUGUGGAGUGUCAGCGGAGGUGGCAGCAGAUAAAGAAUCCAGAUCUGGUCAAAGGUCCCUGGACUCAGGAGGAGGACGAGAGGGUCAUUGAGCUGGUUCAGAAGUACGGCGUGAAGCGCUGGUCGCUCAUCGCCAAGCACCUGCGGAGUCGUAACGGGAAGCAGUGCCGCGAGCGCUGGCACAACCACCUGAACCCGACGGUGAAGAAGAGCAGCUGGACGCUGGAGGAGGACGGCGUCAUCUGUCAGGCCCACAGGCUGCUGGGAAACCGCUGGGCCGACAUCUCCAAGUUGCUGCCGGGCAGGACAGAUAACGCCAUCAAAAACCACUGGAACUCCACCCUGAAGAGGAGGGUGGAGAAGGAGGGAUACCUGCAGGUCCUACACCUACACAACUCCUGCAUCAGCUCCUCCAACACCUCCUCCAACUCCUCCUACUCCACCAGACCAGCAUCCAGGACCCGCAGCCCCCCCGGCACAGCCAACAUCUCCACCAAGGCUGACGGUGUGUCCACUGUCAAGGACGAGUCCAGCUGCAUUUCCUGUGGUCAGAGCGUGUGUGGGUGCCAUGGCAACCAAGCCCACCCAUGCUCCAUCUGUGUCCCCGCCCCCUCCACCUCAGGUUACAGCUCCUCACUGAGCAUGUGCGAGCUGACGGCGCCCAUGGACCUGAUGGAGACGAACCCAGAGACCUGGAGCUGUGGCCCAGAGGAAGUGACAUCAUCGCUGUCCACCUGCCUGUACAGACAGGACGCUGACCUGUCAGUCAUCAAUCUGAGCACCAGUUAUGUUACAGGUUUGAAGGAGCAGCUGGUGACCAGUGAGGAUGGAGCCUCCUUGUUAGACUCCUCCUCCUCCUGGAGCAGAGGCAGCAGGGCGGGGCCUCUGACGUUCUCCCCCUCUGAGCUCUUCAGUCUGUGCGGUGUCGAGGAUCUGAAGUUACAGCAUCCAGCUCUCACCUCCACCCCCGUGUGUUCCCAUAAACACUCCACCAACACCAACCAGGGCGACUCCUGCAGCCACAGGACGCCCUCAGAGACCAGGGAGAGGGUCAGAGCGCUGUGGACGGCAGCGCCUCAAACACCAACGCCACUGAAGAUCAACAAGAGAGAAGACGAGGUUCCAGUUUGUUCAAGCAGAAUGAUGAACGUGACGUGGGAGGAGCCAAGUGUGGAUCCUGACAGUCAGCAGUCCAGCAGCAGCUCUGAGGUCCAGGGAGAGAGUCUGCUGAGCUCCAUCCUGCAGUUCCAGAGAGAGUCCAGCUCCACCUCAGUGGUCCAGAGACAAUCCAGCUGUGUCCCACAAGUCCAGAGAGAGUCCAGGUUUGUCUCCAGCUGUGAGGAGUUUGGCUGCUUCCCGUUGGACGGACGGACAGAGGUGUGGUGGUGUCAACAGUCGGUCACUUACCUGCACUCUCCUGAAUGUCCCGCGUACAGACUGAACCCCUUUGAGCAGAGCGAGGACUUACAGGUGCUGAUGUUUGGGAAAACAGACGACCAGAUGAGUCUGACAGAGCAGGCCCAACUCUAUGUGGAGCCCUGAUCCUCCUCGACCAUCAGGACCAUCAGCUGGCAGGUAUCAUCCUCAUCCUCAUCCUCAUC